CUCGGCGCUUGGUUUCUUUGCUACUCGGCAUUAUAUAUUGUGGGCCAUGAGUAAGUGAAUUGUAGAGCUGCAGCUGCUUGUGCAAAUUGCAAUCACAGUGAAUUUAAUCGAAACCCACUGCUGACUUCAUGGCGGAGAGCGAUCGCGAUCAUUUUGUUAAGAAAUAUGCCUUAUUUCUAGACUCCACUGCCUCGGAAGAAGGAAAGUCCAAGGUUACACCACCCCAUGCAACCAUUGAAGAAGUUGUGGUGAUGAGCUCCCAUGAAAGACUCCAUGAACUUUUAGACCGAACGCCUGCAUCAAAUACACUGGCCAGCUCCUCCAUUUCUACUCCUACUUCAGAAAUGGACAUUACUAUGAUUUUGGUAGGUUCUAAUUGCUUUCCCACCGACAUCGGACUAAUGAUUUUGGCAAUAUUGGAGCAGCUAGAGCAAUCUGAUCGGGCCUACUCCGAAGCCUAUGAUAUGGCCAAAAACUUGAGCGAACAAGUCAAAGCUACGAAACAGCUUCUUCAACCUAAGGUUCAGUUUUGUGACAGCAAGGAGAGAGAAUUUCAAGACCUUGCAAAAAGGAAAUUCUGGAUUGAAGCCAGGCAGGCUGCAAUAGUUGCGGAAAUUCACGGCGCCAUCAAAGAGACUGAACCGAUCCAGGCACAACUCGAGAAAUUGCUCCUGCAGCAAGAUCAAUUUAAAGAAAAUGAGGGUAAUCUCAAGACCAUCUUGGAUAUUGGAGAUGGCCUCUGGACAACCUUGAAAAACAUAAUUCACCCCCACCUCCCUACGUGACUUCCUUUCUUGGGUUGCAUUUGGGCUGCAGUUCUUUUUCCAUUUCCUUUUGGUGUUGUUUCGGACGUUGUGCCCCGUAGAUUGAAAAAUCAUGUUUAAGCCGUAUUUUGGUCUUUUGAACUUUAAUUGAAGUACUUUUAUAUUAUAUGACUUUUUUAGAUUGUCACUAACAAGUGCAUUUGCUUUGUGGAUCAGGAUCCUCUCCUGAUCUUUC